AUGGAUGAGUUUAAAAUUAGUGAAAAAGAUUAUAAUAUUGAUUCAGAGAUAACACCUAGAUCGAUUACAAGAGCAACACCAACAACAAUAAAAACAGCUGUAAUAGAAAGAAGAUUUGAUGAUUUAGGAUUAGCACCAUGGUUGCUCGAUUCCUGUAAAGAACUUGGGUUCGAAGCACCUACCAGUGUUCAAUACAAUACUAUUCCAGCGAUCUUGUCGGGUGAUGAUGUUUUAGCGAGUGCAAAGACCGGUCAGGGUAAGACAGCUGCCUUUGCACUGCCAAUACUCUCUGCACUCUCAGAGAAUCGAUACGGUGUUUUUGCAGUGGUGCUGACUCCGACCAGAGAGUUGGCCGUGCAGAUUGCCGAGCAGAUUAGAACACUCGGUAAUGCUAUCAACGUCGAUUGUCGUGUAGUAAUCGCGGGUGUUGCAAUCGAAGACGCUCUACAAUCACUCACCGUCGACAACGACGAUAAACGACCACAUAUCAUCGUUGCGACACCAGGUCGUCUUUCAGAUAAUCUCAACGACACAAUGAAACAAGCAUUACAGCACUGUAGAUUCUUGGUAUUAGAUGAAGCAGAUCAUUUGUUAGCAUAUGGCUUUGAGUUUGAAGUAAAAAGAAUAAUUGAACACCUUCCACCAAAGAUACAAACAUUGUUAUUUUCAUCUACUCUGACAACAAUGAAUAAGAAAUUAGAGUUGUUCCAAUUAAAGAAUCCAUAUAUUUUUGAAGAUAAUCAAUAA